AUGUUAGCUGCCGCGGCAGUAGCAUACGAUCGAUCAUACGAUUCAGCCAGAGACCACAUAUUAGACUUCAAGGAAAGGACAAAGGAGUCCAUAGGCGUAUUAACUACUGACACCGGCGCACCUGUUAGCUAUAAACAAGCUUCGAGCACGUUAAAUCAACCACUUAUUCUAAACGCGCAUUUUAUGGAAAGUAUUAAUCAUUUAGUUACAAAAAACAUUCCGGAACGAAUUGUCCACGCCAAGGGUACUGGUGCAUUCGGUACCUUCACAGUGACACAUGAUUUCACAGAUGUUUGUAUGGCAGAUUUUCUAAGCGAAGUUGGAAAGCAGACGAAAAUAGCAGUAAGAUUUUCAACUACAACAGGAGAGAAGGGCACUUCCGACUUAAAGAGGGACGUUCGAGGUUUUGCAGUGAAGUUCUACACCAACCAUGGGAAUUUAGAUUUAGUUGGAAUUAAUAUUCCUAUGUAUUUUUAUAAAGAUCCACAUAAUUUCCGUUCAUCUGUUCAAGGUAGAAGAAGAAAUCCAUCGUCGAAUCUCAUGGAUAUCCAUACAUCUUGGGACUUCUUGUCUUUACUGCCUGAAUCGUUAAACACAUUUUUAACAGUAUUUUCCGAUCGCAGUACUCCAGUUAGCUACUCAAAUAUGCGAGGCCAUGCAAUACAUACGUAUCAGGUUUUUAAUAAAUAUGGGGAAAGUCAUUAUUGUAGAUUUCAUUUUGAGCCGACUGCAGGCUUUAAAACCCUAACUGCUCAAGAGGCGAAUAAAUUGAGUAGCGCAGAUCCCGAUUAUUUAACAAGAGACAUGUAUCGAUUAAUUGCCGAUGGAGAUUAUCCGUGUUGGACCUUAAACGCACAGGUCUUAAAUAUGACAGAUGUGGAUAAAAUGGGACCGGAUGCUUUUGAUGCUACAAAACAAAUUAGUCAAAAACUUUUUCCUCCAGUACCAAUUGGUGAAUUCUGCCUAAAUCGAAAUGCUAAAAACUUCUAUGCAGAGAUAGAACAGAUGGCUUUUUGUCCGGGUAAUGUCGUUAAGGGUAUUCUUGGUGCACCAGAUAAAUUAUACGAAGCGCGUGUAUUAGCAUACAGAGCUGCUCAAGUACAUCGUUUGGGAGGAAAUUUCAAUAAAAUUCCGGUGAAUUGUCCAUUCCAAACAAGAACAUUAACAUACAACAGAGACGGCGUUAGUCCAGUUGGAGACAAUGAAGGAGAUGCUCCCAACUACUAUCCUAACUCGUUUAAUGGACCCGAGCCCUAUUCACCAGAAUUUGAACCGUCUUUAAUACAAAUUGAGGAAACUAAGGCAGAUAAUUUCGAACAGUCUAGAGAGUUAUAUGCUGAGGACAUGACAGAGGAUGAGCGCGUUCGAUUAGUGAACAAUUUAGUCGAAUCCCUUGCGGAAGUCACAGAUAUAGUGCGCGUUAGUCUGUUGAAAACCUUUGGUAAAAUUCACCCUGAUUUAAGACAACGCGUAGCUCAAGGAUUGAAUAUGACCACAUGUGAUUAA